CUGUGUGACCCGGAUGUUAACGGAGUGGACACGCCGCACCGCUGCUCCUGUCGCGUGAGUCCGACCGACAUGCCACCGAUUUCUGGAUGAUUCUCUGAGGCUCCACGAUGAGUUGACGGGGGGAGAAAAAACAGUGAUGAAUUAAGUUUUGCUUAAGAUGAGAGAAAUCUGGCGCCCUGCAGCAGAGUGGAGUGAACCAGCCUCGGAGGAAAGCUAACCCACGAAUGGCCUGCCAGUCUGUCGCUGCUGUCAUGGACGAGCAGGCCCUGCUGGGGCUCAACCCCAACGCCGACGCCCGCUACAGGCAGAGGGCCAUGGCAUACUUUGAGCAGCUGAAAGAGUCCCAGGACGCCUGGGAGGUUUGUGCAGAGGCGCUCGCUAAAGGGAUUUACAAUGAUGACCAUGUGAAGUUCUUCUGCUUCCAAGUGUUGGAGCAUCAGAUCAGGUUCAGACACGCUGGUCUGAGCGCUGUACAGCAGCUGCUCAUCCGAGAGACUCUGAUGAAGUGGCUGCAGUGUCAGCUGAUGAACGCUCAGCCUGAGAAGCCCUUCAUCAGGAACAAGGCGGCGCAGGUGUUCGCCCUCACCUUCGUCAUGGAGUAUCUGAGUCUGUGGCCCAAGUUCUUCUUCGAUAUCCUGUCCCUGGUGGGUCUGAACCCUCACGGCGUGGACAUCUACCUGAGGACGCUCAUGGCCAUUGACGCUGAGGUGGUGGACCGGGACAUCCUGCACCUGCCCGACGAGACGCGGAGAAACACUUUGAUCAAAGACGGCAUGCGUGAGCAGUGCAUCCCCAUCCUGGUGGAGUCCUGGUUCCAGAUCCUGCAGGCCUACCAGCAGUCCCACCCAGAGCUCACCUGUCAGUGUCUGGAGGUGGUGGGGGCCUUCGUGUCCUGGAUCGACCUCAACCUCAUCGCCAACGACCGCUUCGUGAACCUGCUGCUGAGUCAGAUGUCGGUGGAGGAGCUGCGUGAGGAGGCGUGCGACUGCCUGUUUGAGAUCAUCAACAAAGGGAUGGACCCCGUGGAUAAAACCAAGCUGGUGGAGUCUCUGUGCCGAGUGCUGCAGUCUGCCGGCUUCUUCAACGUGGAGCAGGAGGAGGACGUGGACUUCCUGGCCAAGUUCUCUCGUCUGGUGAACGGGAUGGGUCAGAGUCUGGUGAUCAGCUGGACCAAACUGGCCAAGAGCGGCAACGUGAAGGACGCGGCGGACACGCUGCAGGCCGUGGAGACCAAAGUGCCGCUUCUUCUGCAGCUGCUGGUGCACGAGGACGACGACAUCUCGGCCAACAUCGUCGGCUUCUGCUACGAAUACCUGCACGUCCUCAAACAGCUCCCUCAGCUGACGGACCAGCAGAAAACAAACGUCGAGGCGAUCAUGCUGGCUGUGAUGAAGAAACUGACGUACGACGACGAGUAUAACUUUGAGAACGAGGGCGAAGACGAGGCCAUGUUUGUGGAGUACAGGAAGCAGCUGAAGAUGCUGCUGGACCGCCUGGCUCAGGUUUCUCCAGAGCUGCUGCUGGAGGCCGUACGACGAGUCUUCACCAACACCAUGCAGAACUGGCAGACGACUCAGUUCAUGGAGGUGGAGGUGGCCGUCAGGCUGCUGUACAUGCUGGGGGAGGCUCUGCCGGCCUCUCACGGCGCUCACUUCUCCGGAGACACGGCGAAGACGAGCGCCCUGCAGGACAUGAUGAGGACGCUGGUGUCCUGCGGCGUGAGCAGCUACCAGCACAGCUCCGUGUCUCUGGAGUUCUUCGAGACGGUCGGACGAUACGAUAAGUUCUUCCUGGUGGAGCCGCAGCACAUCCCCACCGUCCUGAUGGCGUUUCUGGACAACAGAGGGCUGAGACACAACAGCCCGAAGGUCCGCAGCAGAGUGGCGUACCUCUUCUCCAGGUUCAUCAAGACUCUGCAUAAACACAUGAACGCCUUCAUCGAGGACAUCCUGAGCAGGAUCCAGGACCUGCUGGAGCUCGCUCCUCCUGACAACGGCUUCCUAGCGCUGCUGACCAGCGACGACCAGCUGUUCAUGUUCGAGGCGGCGGGCGUGCUGAUCGUGAACGGGGAGAGUCCGGUGGAGAGGAAGCAGGCGCUGAUGAGGAGCCUGCUGCUGCCGCUGAUGGACACCUUCCGCCUGCUGCUCGCCAAACUGGCGCAGGAGACGGAGGAGGAGGGGCAGGCCGCGCUCGCGGACUGUCUGAGCCACGCCGUCGGCUUCGCCAGCCGCACCAGCAAGGCGUUCAGCAACAAGCAGACGGUGAAGCAGUGCGGCUGCACCGAGGUGUACAGAGACUGUCUGCAGACCUUCCUGCCCGCUCUGAGCUGCCCCGUCCAGCGGGGGGCGCUGCGCAGCUCCGUGCGCUCCUUCCUGCACCGCAUGAUCAUCUGCAUGGAGGAGGAGGUGCUGCCCUUCAUCCCCUCCGCCUCCGAGCACAUGCUGAAGGACUGCGAGGCCAAAGACCUGCAGGAGUUCAUCCCGCUCAUCAGCCAGAUCACCGCCAAGUUCAAGCAGCAGGUGUCUCCCUUCCUGCAGCAGGUCUUCAUGCCGCUGGUGCUCGCCAUCUUCGAGGUGUUGGCGCGGCCAGCGGAGGAGAACGACCAGGCGGCCGCUCUGGAGAAGCAGAUGCUGAGGAGGAGCUACUUCACCUUCAUCCAGACCGUCACAGGAAGUGGGAUGAAUGAGGUGAUGGCCAAUCAGGGGGCAGAAAACAUCGAGCGAGUCGUGUUCACCAUCAUCCAGGGAGCCGUGGACUUCCCCGACCCCAUCGCUCAGAAGACCUGCUUCAUCAUCCUCUCCAAGCUGGUGGAGCUGUGGGGAGGUAAAGACGGCAUGGUGGGCUUCCCCGACUUCAUCUACAAACACAUCGUCCCCGCGUGUUUCCUGGCUCCUCUCAAGCCGACCUUUGACCUCUCCGAUGCUCAGACGGUCCUGACACUGUCCGAGUGUGCGCUCACGCUGAAGAUGAUUCAUCUCAAAAGGGGGCCGGAGUUCAUCCAGUUCCUGCAGCAGGAGUAUCUGCCGUCGCUGCAGGUGUCUCCGGAGAUCUCACAGGAAGUGUGUCAGGUGCUUCAACAGCCCGACGUCAAAGUCCUGAAAAACUACAUUAAGGCGUUCUUUCAGCGAGCCAAGCUGUAGGAAAUAAACUGGAAGUUCAUUUUGGACUGAAAAGACACUUCACAGGAAGUGGUCGUACACGCCACUUACUACAAAAUAAAGGACCUUAGCAUAGGAGCUGCUUUUGCACUUAAAAAGUGAAUGCAUAACAAAGUGUGGACAGAAGCUCGGGGAUGGAGAAACCCUCCAGCGCCGACGAGCCGUCCGCGAGGGCUCAAGGACGAAACCUGGAGGAGUUUUGUGGAGUCGAGCGGAGAGACGCAGAUCUGAGGACGCCGCCUGCGGGGAACAUCGGUAACAAUCCUGAGAACAAGCUACUGGUGUCCAACCCGGCGGAUCAGGACCGCCGGAGGUAACGAGAAUAACUAAAGAGCCGGGGAGGGUUAGCGUUUAAGUUUCAUCUCUGUGGUUAUAAAAUCUGAUUACUGAGAAACUCUUCGUCUGUUUUAGUCUUUAAGAUUUAAAACGUAAAGAACAUCCUGACAGUACAAAGUCAUAGAUCCGACCUGCAGACCCCCCCGGCUCAUAGUUAUGUAUUUCUUUACCUACAAAGACCCCCCCCCCGUAGAUCUGAGGAGGACGCCGGCUGGAGGUUGGACUCUGGAGGACAAACAGCUGAUUGUUGUUUUGUUUGUUGAAUGAUUUGAAACGUCGCAGCUCGAUCGGCUUCGUCCUCCGUGUUUAAUCUCAAACAUCCGCAGACUUUAAGUUCCUCCAUUUGAAUCCGAUGAACUCGACGCUUUAUAUUCGUUACCCGACGGAGAAACUCACAUUUCAGAACCUCGACAGGGAAUUUGUGUUAAUUUGAACUUUAUGGAAUAUUUUUAAUUUCAGACGGACGUGAACAAAAUGUAAAUAAGAUGUUAAACACUGUGAAUAAAGUUCCUGGGUUUGUUUUUUAAUCUUCAUUCACAUCUGCAAAUGAAAUGUAGAAGAUCGUCUCUGAAAACACGAAGGAUUACGUUUAGAAAUGACGAGAAUAUUAAAUAUGAGAAGAAAUACAUUUAGUUUCCCACGAGUGCAGAGAGCUCCUUGUUUCUGUGUUUGAGUUUAUUUAUCUGAGUUUCUCAUCAGUAUUUUCACUUUCUCAUGAUUUGGAUUUAAAAACGAGUUUUAUUCUUUAUUCUUCCAUAACAAUAAACUUCACGUAAUGUAACGAACUCAGUGAGUUUCCCGUGUGCGGCGGCGGCCGAGCAUUUGUGACUUCAGGAUCCUCGACGGACGGAUCAUGCAAACGCUUCUACACACGAUGCACUUUGUUCUUCCUGUGACCAUCGCUCCGGGUUCAGCUUUGACUUUCUUUAUUUUCCCAGAAUCCUCAGUUACAAGUGGUCACAGAACAAAGAUCGUUUUCUAAUGUCAACGAAUCCCAAGAAUAUUUAAAAGUUCCUGAAGCAGCAGCGCGGCGGUGAUCAACUUCGUCUCGACGUCGGAGAGUGAAGACGAUUCUAAGUUAAUGACGGAGGAGCGAAGUGUUCUGAGACUAAAGUCUUAAUUCAAUAACUAAAGUUUUUUUUGUCAUUGAUGUAAAAUUUAAAUCUCAGAUGUUUUCAGUGAUUUGUUUAUUCUUCAUUUACGAGAGAAGAAACACAAAUGUAAUUUCUAUAAUCUCAGAAUGAGUAUUUCUUGGUAAAUCUGAACCUGACACGCCGCCGCAGAAUCCUCAGCGUUAGAACAGAUGUUCGUGUUCACCGUCGUCGUCGUUCUCAAAGGAUUAAAAGUUGAUGAAUGUUCAGUUUGUUUGAUCUUCAGGUUUAUUCAGAACCAAUAAAGUGUUUAAUCAUGAAA